AUGGCGCCCGCCAUCGGUAUCGAUUUGGGUACUACCUACUCGUGCGUCGGCAUCUUCAGAGAUGACCGCAUCGAGAUUAUCGCCAACGACCAGGGCAACCGCACCACGCCCUCGUUCGUUGCCUUCACUGACACCGAGCGUCUGAUCGGUGACUCCGCAAAGAACCAGGUCGCCAUGAACCCCCACAACACCGUCUUCGACGCCAAGCGCCUGAUCGGCCGCAAGUUCAACGACGCUGAGGUCCAGGCCGAUAUGAAGCACUUCCCCUUCAAGGUUGUUGAGAAGGGUGGCAAGCCUGUUGUCCAGGUCGAGUUCAAGGGCGAGGAGAAGACCUUCACUCCUGAGGAGAUCUCCUCCAUGGUCCUGACCAAGAUGAGGGAGACUGCUGAGUCCUACCUUGGUGGCACCGUCAACAACGCUGUCGUUACCGUCCCCGCCUACUUCAACGACUCCCAGCGCCAGGCUACCAAGGAUGCCGGUCUCAUCGCUGGCCUCAACGUCCUCCGUAUCAUCAACGAGCCCACCGCCGCUGCCAUCGCCUACGGUCUUGACAAGAAGGCCUCUGGCGAGCGCAACGUCCUGAUCUUCGAUCUGGGUGGUGGUACCUUCGAUGUGUCGCUCCUCACCAUUGAGGAGGGCAUCUUCGAGGUCAAGUCCACUGCCGGUGACACUCACCUUGGUGGUGAGGACUUCGACAACCGCCUGGUCAACCACUUCACUCUGGAGUUCAAGAGGAAGCACAAGAAGGACCUGACCUCCAACGCCCGUGCUCUCCGCCGUCUCCGCACUGCUUGCGAGCGUGCCAAGCGCACUCUCUCCAGCUCUGCCCAGACCUCCAUCGAGAUCGACUCCCUGUACGAGGGUAUUGACUUCUACACCUCGAUCACCCGUGCUCGCUUCGAGGAGCUCUGCCAGGACCUCUUCCGCUCCACCAUGGAGCCCGUCGAGCGUGUCCUCCGUGACGCCAAGAUCGACAAGUCCUCCGUCCACGAGAUUGUUCUUGUUGGUGGCUCAACCCGUAUCCCCAAGAUCCAGAAGAUGGUCUCCGACUUCUUCAACGGCAAGGAGCCCAACAAGUCCAUCAACCCCGAUGAGGCCGUUGCCUACGGUGCUGCCGUCCAGGCCGCUAUCCUGUCUGGUGACACCUCUUCCAAGUCCACCAACGAGAUCCUCCUGCUCGACGUCGCUCCUCUCUCCAUUGGUAUCGAGACCGCUGGUGGUGUCAUGACUCCUCUCAUCAAGCGCAACACCACCAUCCCCACCAAGAAGUCCGAGGUCUUCUCCACCUUCUCCGACAACCAGCCCGGUGUCCUUAUCCAGGUCUUCGAGGGUGAGCGUGCUCGCACCAAGGACAACAACCUGCUCGGCAAGUUCGAGCUUACCGGCAUUCCCCCGGCGCCCCGUGGUGUUCCCCAGAUCGAGGUCACCUUCGAUGUUGAUGCCAACGGUAUCAUCAACGUCUCCGCUCUCGAGAAGGGCACCGGCAAGACCAACAAGAUUGUCAUCACCAACGACAAGGGCCGUCUGUCCAAGGAGGAGAUCGAGCGUAUGCUUGCUGAGGCCGAGAAGUACAAGGCUGAGGAUGAGGCCGAGGCUGCCCGUAUCGCUGCCAAGAACGCUCUCGAGUCCUACGCCUACUCCCUCCGCAACACCCUCUCCGACCCUAAGGUCGACGAGAAGCUCGACGCUGGCGACAAGGAGAAGCUCAAGUCCGAGAUCGACAAGGUCGUUGCCUGGUUGGACGACAACCAGCAGGCUACCAAGGACGAGUACGAGUCUCAGCAGAAGGAGCUUGAGGGUGUCGCCAACCCCAUCAUGAUGAAGUUCUACGGCGCUGGUGGUGAGGGUGGUGCUCCCGGUGGCUUCCCCGGCGCUGCCGGUGGUGCUGCUCCUGGCGGCGCCGGCGGCGACGACGGCCCCACCGUCGAGGAGGUUGACUAA